AUGCCGGUCCUCGACGCCGCGUUCGCGCUCGAGAACGGCGGCGGCGGCGCGCUCGACCUGAAGGGGAAGGGGGUGUCGCGCGUCGACCCGUCGCUCGCGAGGGGGUGCCCGAACCUCGGCAAGCUGGACCUUGGCGAUAACGUCGUCUCGGACCGAGCGUCCAUCGCCGCCAUCGCCGAGUGCGAGCAGCUUAAGUGGCUGAGCCUGGCCAACUGCGGCCUCGGAGGCGCGGGGCUCGCGCCGUGCGCGGAGGGACAGGCGAGGGAGGUCGGCGGCGGCGGCGGCGAGAACGAGCGCCCCGACAAGAGGCACCGCGGGAAGCACCAGAAGAAGGGUCGUAAGGCCAUGGGAGGCAAGGCGUGUCGCAUGCCAAACAUGCGUGUCCUCAACAUCAGUGGCAACGAGCUCGAGUCGCUCCAGGGAGUCAACGGCAUGGCCAACCUCGGCGCGCUCAUCGCCAACGAAAAUCGCGUCGAGUCGAUGGAGCCGCUCUCCGGGAUGACGCGGCUCAACACCGUCGUGCUGUCGUCCAACCGCGUGGAAACCAUCGGAGAGGAGCUCGCCGGAAUGACUGAGCUGAACAAGCUGUCGCUGUCCCACAACAAGAUCGAGAAAAUCGGUAAGCACAUCGGCGAGUGCGUCGCGCUGAAGGAGCUCCGACUGGCGCACAACCCGGAUCUGAAGACGUUACCACCCGCGCUGGGUAAGUGCGCGCACCUCAGGGUGCUCGACCUGAGCCACUGCGCGGUGGCCAACUUCGGCGACGUAUCCGCGAUCAAGGAGCUCACGAACCUGGCGCAGCUGUCCAUGCGGGGCUGUCCCAUCGCCAACGAGCCGAGCUACGCCAGGACCCUCGUGAAGAUGUGCCCGAGCCUGAGAGCCGUCGACGGCAGGCGCGUCGGUCCCGGCGGGUUUCUGGACCCCGAGAAGCCGGAAAAGGAUGGGGGAAAAGAAAAGAAAGAUGCGCGGAAGACGCCUUGGGAGCGCAUGGAGACCAACGACGCGGGCGGCGACGAGGAUGAUGAAGAAGAGGAGGAUGGCGACGGCGAGGAGGAGCCCGAGCCCGAGCCCGAGCCCGAGCCCGAGCCCGAGCGGAAGAAAUCGAAGAAGGAGGGGAAGAAGGAGUCCGAGGGUGUGAGCUUCAUCGAGGAGAUGGUCGCGGUUAACCGGGGUAAGCUCCGGGGCGAGACGGCGCAGGACGAGAGGGGCGAAACGAAGGCUACGCGCUCGGGCGUCGUCAAGAUCGUGGAGGUGAAGAGCUCGAGGGAGAACCGAGGCAAAGCCGUCGCCACCGGGCGGGAAGCGCUGAUCAUGGCGGCGUCCGGCGGCGGGGACGGGGACGAUGCCGGCGGGUGGGACGAUCUCGGCGGUUGGGGCGACGAAGCGCCGACGACCGGAGGGUGGGACGAGCCGGAACGCGCGGAGAAAUCGGAGGAGGAAAGGGACGACGAGGAGCCCGCGCCGACAAAGGAGAAGAAGAAGAAGCGGAGGGCGGAGGAGGACGGUCGGGGCGAGCCCGAGCCCGAGGCGGCCGAGGCGAAGAAAAAGAAGAUGAAGAAGAAGAAGAGCCUCGACGGCAAGAAGCUCAAGGCUGAGACCCCGGACUCGCUCGGGAGGAAGAGGAAGAAGAAGAAGGUGCUCUUCUUCGACUGA